AUGGCGACCGGCUUGCUUCUGUUUGUAUGCCUGCUGUCCAUCGACCAUGCCUCUCCUCAGAUUGCCGGCACAGGGGAAGAGUGUCCCUUCCCGUGGGAGGUCAGAUGUGAAGGUAACGGUCCAUGCAUCCAUAAAAACUACCAAUGUGACACUCACCAUGACUGUCCUGACGGAUCAGACGAGGAAGACUGCUGGAACAAACAUUGCCCCGAUCCUUACUACUUCAGGUGUGAAAGUAGCGGUGCCUGUGUUCAUCCAUUGCACCAAUGUGAUGGCCCCGAUCACUGUCCAGACGGUUCAGAUGAGGCAGAUUGUUGGAGCAAGGAGUGUCCCUUUCACGACUAUCUAAGGUGUGAGAGUAACGGAGCCUGCUUCCCUCCAAACAACCAAUGUAACGGUAACAAUGACUGUCCUGACGGCUCGGAUGAAGAGGAUUGCUGGAGCGAUGACUGUCCGGAUGGAGAAUAUUUCAGGUGUGAAAGUAGCGGAGCCUGUGUCAGGGAAUCAAAGCAGUGUGACGGUCUCAUUCACUGCCCUGACGGCUCAGAUGAGGAAAAUUGCUGGAAUAAAGAAUGUCCCCAUCCCGACGAUUUCAGGUGUGAAAGUAGCGGGGCCUGUGCUCCUAUAUGGUUCGUAUGUGACGGCUUCAAUGACUGUCAUGAUGGCUCAGAUGAGGGGGAUUGCUGGAGCAAUGACUGUCCGGUUGUUGGAGAAUAUUUCAGGUGUGAAAGUAGCGGAGACUGUUUCCAUACAAGUACGUAUUGUGACACUAUCGAACACUGUCCUGACGGCUCUGAUGAGAAAGACUGCGAAGACUGCAGCGAUUCUGAAAAUUUUAGAUGUGAACGUAGCGGACUCUGUAUUUCUAAAAUGGGCCAAUGUGACGGGUUCGAGCAAUGUUAUGACGGUUCAGAUGAGGAAAAUUGUACGAGCAAAGAGUGUCCCAAUCACCAGGACUUCAAGUGUGAAAGUAGCGGUGUCUGUGUCCCACCAGAUGUGAAAUGUAACGAUAAAGAUGACUGCGACGAUGGGUCAGAUGAGCGAGAUUGCUUGAACAUUGAGUGUUCCCAUCCGGACGCUUUACGAUGUGAAGCCAGCGGGGCCUGUGUCCCUCCAGAGGACCAAUGCGACGGUGUGGAUCAGUGUCCUGACGGUUCGGACGAUGAACAUUGCACAGCCGACGAUUGUCCCCCGAACACCCAUUUCUGUGAGCGUGGUCCAUGCAUCGCAGACACCAGGCGAUGCGACGGCGUCACUGACUGUAAGGACGAAUCCGAUGAAAGCAUUUGCGUGUGCACCAGUGUCGAGUUCCAGUGUGAAAACAGCAGCAGAUGUGUGGCACCUUCUGGAGUGUGCGAUGGCGUCAUCGACUGCGACGACGCAUCGGACGAACUGCUGUGCCGUCCCGGGUUGAUUUUAACCAUGAGCCUGGCCGUGCCCCAAAAUAGCCCGCACUGUAGCCUAUUAAAAAGGGGCUGGCGUUUAAUUAUGAUCUACAUUUCUUCAGAGUCUUGUGCGGAGAAGGGACUAUGGCAGUGUGGCAGCGGCGUGUGCAUCAAUGACACCUCGGUGUGUGACGGAGACAAGGACUGUUUUUCUGGGGAGGACGAAGAGAACUGUCAUGGUAGGUUCUUACACGUACUAAAGAAAUCUUUGAAGCCACUUCCCUGCCAUGGUCUCCAGUUGGAGUGUGACGGGAGAUGCCUGCCGAAAUACCGCGCCUGUGACGGGCUGGGAGACUGUUCAAACGGGGAGGACGAGAACAACUGUACAGCCGGAGGUUGUGGAGCUAAGCAGUUCCCCUGCGCGGACGGCACCUGCCUAUUGGAGACUCAGCUGUGUGACAACCUGAUCGACUGCAGCGGAGGGGAGGAUGAGCACGACUGUGGAGACGUUCCACCUGCUGGAUUCCCGCUCGGAUUGGCCAGUCGGUACAUUCCCGAUGUUUACGUCACUGCCAGUUCCGAGUACAAGCCGGAGUUCGCCGCAUCCCAGGCUCGGCACACGCCUCCGACUACACCGGGGUACUGCUGGGUACCAAGUUCCGUGGUGAACCAAUGGCUUCAGGUUUACUUUGGCAAGACGACUGACGUCACCGGCGUGGUCAUCAGCGGAGGCGGUACGAACUGGGACCUGGGCAGUUGGGUGACGUCAUUUACACUGGCCUUCAGCAUGGACGGCGCUUUUUGGGUGCCGUACGAAGACAACAUGAGCAACAACGUGAAGGUUUGA